AUGACUACAACUACAGCACGACGACCACUGAAGAACAGUGCUGCAAUAUCUACCCAAAUCGUUAAGGCAAAGAAGUGAAUGCAAGUUCGUAUGCUAGUAGACUCCAGCUGGUCGGCUACUAUCGAUGGUGUAGUUGUUGUUUAUGAUUUUUACUUUUAGUACCUACGCUCAUCUAGGCUAAUUCUAUGAUCAACAAAGUUGAAAUUCCACACUGAAUUUCAUUGUUUAGUAUCUACUUAUACACACAUGCUCGACGCUUUAUGGCUGCUCUAACGCAAAUAACUCUGGAAUCGGCGGUGAAUUUCCAACACUUGCCAGUAUGAUGCGGAACAAAGAGGCGCCCAAAUUGGCUGCACACCGAUCAUUUGGGCGUAGAAACCAAGCCUCAGCGUGUCACAACGACCAACGACAUGCUACUAGCACUCCUGAUCCCUCUACUACAGGCGCCGCAGCAGGGGAAUCUAGAAGUACCUCGUCUUUGUUGAUUAACAGCAACAGGAUUAACAGAGGCACAACCAGCACGACGACACAACUCUUGAAGGGAGGGGAAACAAGAGCUUUGGACGGUCGUCGAACUUCGUCCAGGAAUUGGUGUGGCGGAAACAAGUUGGACCAUCGCAAAUCGAACGACGGAGCCAGCAUUUUAGUUAAGGCUAAUACUAGUACUUAAUAAGUAGAAAAAAAAGUUUAUACCUGCGGUCUAUGUAGUGUAUGUUUUGUUUUUUUCAAGAAUACUUGCAUUAUAUUUAUCCAACAUAUUACAACUGCGGAACCAACUAGAGAUAGUCUACCACGUCCACGUCGACCUCAGGUCACUAUCGGGGACUUUAUUUUACAGAUAGUCUACCACGUCCACGUCGACCUCAGGGGUACUACUUAUGUGGGACUUUAUUUUCCAGAUCUCUCUCAUCUAUCUCUUUCUAACUCGAAGGAGGUCGACAAGCAUGUUCGAGCAUACCAGAAUGAGCUUGACGAAGUCGAAGAUGUUGAUGUGCUGGAGUCCACGGGGGCAUACAAUCGAAGUGGAAGUGGUUAUCAACAUCAAGAUAGUACAACUACGAAGACACCUCAACAUCAAAAUAGAAGUACUACGAAGACACCUCCACCUCCAGCAGUGGUUCAGCACGAAGUCUGCAUCAACAGCAAGCGGACCUCAACACCUGCACGGGAUACGUCGUCGCGGAACUUUAGUCCCUACAACCAGGAGAAAGGUAGACAGCAAGCGUCGCACCAUUCUACGACUUCGAAUUGGUACAAUGAAUUACUGGAAUUCGGAAAAGAAUAAGAAUAUUCUUUUAAUAUCCAUCGGAUGCAGAACUAGCUUUGACUCAAUGUUGAUCCUGCAGCUUCAUAGAAGUCGGAAUGAUUAUUUUUUCCUAUGCCUAUCUUCAUCACCAUCUGCAUCUGGAACUGCACACCGGAUUUCCAUCUUCUGCAUACUCUUUCAGGUACAGCGGUCAUGAAGGAUCUUUGAGUGUGUCCAACAGCCAACGCGACUUCGCCGAAGAAGGCUACCAACAGGUAAUAUUUGUGUCUACGCAGCUCAAACUCUUCUUGAGUGUGCUUCUUAUUGAAGCUCGUAGUUGCUCUUUAUUUUCAUUUUCUAGAGGAAGAGUUAGAGUCAUCUUUGUCUACUUCGUCUCCCGUCACACUCGGAUGUCGAAGCAUUCAAAUACCUCACAGGUCGGAGCAUACGACUCAUCUUCAAAGAACGGUUAUGAUGGUCGUGGCCGUGCAGCAGGUCAUCGCGGAGGAAAAUGGGGCGGGCAGAAACGCGGAUAUCAAAGUCCUCAACAGCAGUCUCAACAUUCUCUGAAACGAGGAGACCAAAAUUGGAAGGGUGGGUCAGGUCCUCCUUACGGUGACGAUUAUAAUCGAGACCAGUACUCCCGUCAUGGAGAUUAUCACGUACCGGACAGUCACCAUGACACGUAUCAUGGUGAGCAGCACCUUGUUACGCAGCACCAUGAUCCCCGAGCUCAUCAUGAUCAGCAUUUCUACCCUGCUGUGUUGGGAGCCAGACGGACUGGACGGGCUAGCAGUACUUUUUUUAUCUCCCUCAAGCUCAACAAGAGUUGUUGCCAAUGCUAGAUUGAAUGGUUCCGGUAUUUGGUAACCUGAAUUUGAUCAUACGGGAAAACAAGAAGAGAACCCUUAUGAUCAAAUUCAGGUUACCAAAUACCAGAACCAUACAUAGAUGAACAUCAGUGAUUUAUACUAAAACCCAACCUCCACACGACGCAGGAAGGAGUUGAUGUAAUUAAGCGUGGACUUGGUUCGCUUUCUUCCGUGGGUUUUAGGUCCCCGUCGGGCUGUGCCAGCAUGGCCCGACACCUCGUCAUGCCGCAUAGAGUCUGAUCUUCGUCUUCGUUCUCAUCUGUCAUGGAGUUAGCUGCUCUUCGUCUUCCUAUUUCCGAGAGAUAGUGAGGCUUCGCGCGGCGCUUCGUCGCUGGCAACUGCAGCAAAAGAUAUGAUCAUAGUGCGCCUUAUUAUUAAUCACUCUCUCCUACCAGAUAACCAUCGCCCACCGAAGGAAGGAGUUGAUGUAAUUAAGCGACGCGAAGAGGAAAUCGAGAAACUGAAAGCGUUCAGGCCCUACCGGGAAUUUCUGCUAGUGAAAGAUGCCGCAGAAACUCGGGUACUAUGAUGAAGAUUGAUGAACUACAACUAAGUUGAUAUAUUUAUAAUUUUCAUUCUUAUGUUAAUGUUUGGGCCAAUCAUGUCCUUUCUUAUGUUUUUGUUGCUCCUCGAGUUUGUUUGACGUACAAAGUAGAACCAAAAGAUCGAGUCAAUGAAAUAGCACCACCUCGACCUCGCCUCGCACUCCACCUUGUUAGAUCAUGGUUGCAAGUACAACAUCCAAAUUAUAAAACACAGGGCUACAUCUCUAGUUUAGCUGGUGCGGAGAUUCCAACACCCGAUGCGAGUGCCACAAUGCCAAGGCGCAAGUGGAAAUAUCAGUGUGAGGUGUGGCGUCGCGCUCUGCGGGACUGGGUCAAAGAAAUCGUUAGUGUGCAUCCAGACCUAAACGAAUUCGUGUUGAAUGAGGAAGAUGAGGAAGGUGAAGGACAGCUUGAAGACGAUAACGAGGAAAACUACUGCGGUGAGAAUGAGAAACAAAAAGCAAUCAUUUCGUUCGGAACUAUUCUUGGAGGACGAAGUGAACCAAUUGUCGAAGAGGACGUAGUUGCUGUGAUAAAAGAUCAAAAGCAAGGCGCAUCAGGUACGACCAAGACUGCCUCCAAGUCCAAUACAGACGAGACGAGCACUGUGCAGUCACGUGAGAAAGUUUCUCACAAUUAUAACAUUGGAGUAAGUGGCUUGCUAGAGUCAGGAGCAACUACAUCUACACCAGGAGCGACUUCAUCAUCAACCAAACAGAUCAAAAGGAAUAGGAGCGCCACCUCAACGACUGCUCGACGGGAGAGUAAUAAGCCUCCGCGAUUGCCGACCGAUCAUGCUACAACUUACGGAGCUUCAAGAACCACGGGGAACAAGGUCAUUUACAAGCCGAAAGUUGUUGUAACUCCACAGAAGGAGGUGGAGCAGGACUUUGAAGGAAAGUCGCACAAGACGGAGCAAAAAAUUGUAGAAGAAAAAGCUGCAAAAGAUGGCGGUAGCUCCUCGGCAGUCGAGCGUCCGUCAGCCUCAGCUUCUUCCUCGUCGGCAGAUCGACACUACUUGUCACCGCCAGCUACUACGAGAACUCCAGUACUAGCGAGAGAACAACCAUCUUCAAGCACUGAUCGUGAUUUUGAGGCUGCAUCUUCACAGAAACAUCAUAUUUUUACAGGAGGAGAAGCAGCUACUGCGUUUAGUAGUCCAGGUUCUGCCUCGACAGCAGACUCCACCGGUACUGCGCGAAAAGGAGAAAAUACGACGUCCUCUCAGAAUGAGAAUGUUGACACGGUGUCAUCUCCGGAUAUUGCUUCUACAAGUGGGGUGGACGUGUCUCCAUUUUCAUCGACAGGCCCUACGAGGAGUGCCACACCUCCAACGCCAAUCACAACGAUCCAGUCGGCCGCGACCACAACGUUGAACAUUGCACCAGCUCAUCACGUGACACCUUCCUCGAAGGUUGGUGACAGCCCCUCCGUUUCCGGAAGUACCCCAGCAGCUUUGUCAACUCCCUCUUCAGGUGCUAGUAGCUCUUUGAGGUACACACCGCCACCCCGAACUCCGCCGCCCGCGAAAGAGAGUUUUCUACCGUCAUCGUCCGCAGCGUCGCCGGGUGCCAGUUCCUUCGAGAGCUUUGGGUCUAGGCCGUCGUGCUCCUCCUCGCCGUCUGCAGGAAGUAGUGCUACCGGAACACCCUCGUCAUACGGGAAGCCUCCGCAAUACAGUCCGCCUCUGCAGUAUGCUCCGCCACCUUCUUCUAGAUGA